AUGGGCUCGCAAUAUUCUAAGGGAUAUGGGGGCGGCUGGGUUCGUGUAGAGCUACGAGCCGGAGAUCUUCUAGUCCUACCACCGAGCUGCCCGCAUGCCGCCUUUACGACAGAGGACUGUCUAGUCGUAUGGGGAAAUUUCUAUACCACGGCCCAUCUUGGGUCGACGCUCGUUGGCCUUAAGUUACAGGAAAAUUUUACAGAGAUAUGCAACGAGGAUUUAGAGCCUAGGAUCUACUCGCUUCUUGAAAGAGUGUUGGACAACUUUGACCACAUUGGAUCCUUUCUCCAUCCGUCGUGCCCGAAAGAUCUCAUCCAAAACCCCGGUCAUCCUGGUGGAGUUGGCGAUUUGCUGGAGCCCAUCAAUAGUUACCCCACAACUCUGGUGAUGCCGAAUAAUGUAAAUCAGGAGCUGGAUGCGGUCGACUCCCGAAGAACAAUGAAACUAUCUGCUAUUCUUCCUGCCUUUGCGGCCUUCCAUCUUGUCCAAGGACUUGAGGCCCCUGUCCCAGGGUACGGUGUUGAGGAGUUCACCUGGGAAGUUGAGACCAAGCCGGGGGGUCCCACAGUGGCUCUCAAUGGCACAAUACAAGAGAUCUAUGCCGAACUGAUCGAAAUCAACCCGAUUUAUGAUCUGGAUUUCGCGGCCAGGGCAACUGAAGCCAGUAUAAGUAACGACGACGGGACUCCGCAUCUACGAAAGCGAUUUGAUGUCACCUGCAACAUCUAUACCAAGACCCUCCGGACAAGAAUUCAAGAGGGUAUCACUUACUUACGCGGCGUCAGUGGUAGGUCUACCAACGGCCCUGGUCCUGGAAACUGCGGAAGAGUCAGCUGUUCUUAUAACUCUGCUAUCUGGUGGCGCAAUGAUAACACGUCGCCAAAAACCCUUGGCGGGUUCAACAACGUUGCCGAUAGUGCUCAGGUUAUCAUCAAUCAAUGUGGCCCAACUAGUGGCUUUGUCUCUGGCGAAGAGAAUCAUGGGGAUCACUGGCGAGGCAUUGUUCGCUGGGAUUCAUGCUGA